AUAAAGUAGAUACGUAUAUACACUAUAUUGCCAAAAGUAUUGGGCCAGCCCUCCAAAUCAUUGGAUUCAGCUGUUCCAAUCACCUCCAUGGCCACAGGUGUAUAACAUCAAGCACCUAGGCAUGCAGACUGCUUCUACAAACAUUUGUGAAAGAAUGGGUCGCUCUCAGGAGCUCAGUGAAUUCAAGCGUGGUACCGUGAUAGGUUGUCACCUGUGCAAUAAGUCCAUCUGUGAAAUUCCCUUGCUACUAAAUAUUCCACGCUCAACUGUCAGCAGUAUUAUAACAAAAUGGAAGAAACUGGGAGCAACAGCAACUCAGUCGUGAAGUGGUAUGCAACAGAAAAUGACAGAGCGGGGUCAGCGCAUGCUGAAGCGCACAGUGCGCAGAAGUCGCCAACUGUC